AUGCUGGCUGCAGUAUUUCAACAUGAUUGCAGAUGUCUUUGGAGGGGAGGAGUUACUGUAGACACGAACUGCAGCGAGACGCCUCACAAACCAAAGUUCAAGAGAUCCUCAUCAGCAUCUUCCUAAACUGCAAAAUCUGGAAUUACAUCUUCUCAGACAUACUCCUACAGACCAUUUCAAAUCAGUAGGACUUGCAGCAGCAGAAAGAAGAGAAACUGGUCCCUAACACCUCAUUCUGCUCUGCUGAGCUCUGUGCUUAGGCUCUGCCAUUUUUGCAGCCAUGCAUCACGUCUGUCGGCAGAUUGCAUGUGCGUGAUGAUCUCCAUGGCGACUUGGGUACUUGAGGCAGAAAUAUGAGCUGCAUCAUCUCCCCCUGUUGUCCAUUGACAUAAAAUGCAGUGUUCUGGAACAUGAGAAAGGCAACACAUUUCCUCCAGUUCUUUGUAAGCUGAUAUGAAGUAGACAGGCACCUUCUGAAGUUUUGUGCAUGCUGCGCUCUCUUUUUCUUUGCUGCAACAAGAAAAGCCUUCUCUUUUAACCUGGCUUCCUUUGAAGAAGUAACUGGGAAAGCUUCAUGGCCUCUCAAGAAUCUCAGGGACAAACCAAUCCAAUCUUUAAGGAUUACCUCCCCGGUUCUUCUGACCUUCCUGAACAGAAUAAGCCUGUUGAACCAACAAGUGUCUGGAAGAAAACAUCACACACUCAAAACCUGCCACCUGGUCUGGAGUACCUGAACCAGCUGGACAGGAUAAUUAUUCAUCAGCAAGUGGAGCUUCUUGAAGCCAUUCUUGGCACAGAGACCUCCAGCAAAUAUGAGAUAAAAAACCAUUUAGGACAAAGAGUUUACUUUGCAGUAGAAGAAAAUGAUUGCUUUGAUCGUAACUUGUGUUCGCCUAUAAGGUCUUUCACAAUAAGAAUUGCUGAUAACAUGGGCCGAGAAGUGAUUAGAGUGAACAGACCCUUGAGAUGCAACAGCUGCUGGUUCCCCUGCUUCCUGCAAGAAUUAGAAGUUCAGUCCCCACCUGGUACAAUAGCUGGGUACGUUGUACAGAACUGGGACCCUUUUCUGCCAAAGUUUACUGUACAGAAUGAAAGUAAAGAAGAUGUACUAAAAAUAAUUGGCCCAUAUGCAACUUGUGGCUGCUUUGAAGAUGUUGACUUUGAGGUAAAAGCUCUCAAUGAGAUGUCAACAAUCGGCAAAAUUUCCAAGUACUGGUCUGGAUUUGUAAACAAUGUCUUUACCAACACCGCCAACUUUGGGAUCCAGGUCCCUGUAGAUCUUGAUGUGAGAAUCAAGGCAGUAAUGAUUGGUGCGUGUUUCCUUAUUGACUUAAUGUUCUUUGAAAAGUCUUUGAAUGGAUUAUAA